CCACGACCAACACCACAACCGCAACCAAAGAAGAAGCAAGUCGUGGCACAACAACAACAUCGGUCCCCACACUCACCAAGUUCCCCUCGACUCUGUCGCUUCGAAGCGGCUUGCUCGUGCUCAUCACCGCAAACAAUGCCCGGUGGUGGCGCCGUGGCGGUUGUGCUGGUGGUUGUGAUGGUGAUGGUGGUGGUGGGGUGCUGCGGCGUCAGUGGCGUCAGCAGCAGCGGCAGCAGCAGUGGUCGCGCUAACACUGAUAUGCACGUGCAGCCCACUUCAUGGGGGAUUCCAACAACAGCAGCAGCAGCAGCAGCAGCAGGUGGUAGCCUGGCGCCGUCUUGGCUGCGCCGCUGCGCGUGCCGGGAGCUCUUGGCCAACUUCACACGGGAGCGACCGGGUCCUUUUCCAGUGGAGAUGCAGCUGAGCGAGGAAGACCGCGUCGCCUUCUCACACAACGGCACCACGCCCGUGGAGGUGUACGUCGUGGACGACACCAACAAGGGCCAAGGAACCCACUACAAGUUCUCUGGCAAGGCCAUCGAGCGCAUGGUACAGGCGGCACGUGGCCUGCUUGAAGGCAAACCCUCACAAGGGCCACUUAGCCACAUCCAACAGUGGUUCAUCGAAUCUAUGCAGCGGCAUCUCCUUCCUCAAGGGCAGCUUCCAGCGGCCUCCUCCGCCGUUGUGUGGGGUGCAACCUCGCCGUGGUACGAGGCCAUGCUCCUUGCUGCAGGCGUCGACCAUGUGACAACCAUCGAAUACAACCAGCUCACCUAUGACGACGAUCGCCUCGCCACCGUCCAGCCACACCAGCUCGGCGCAAGCACAUCAACAGAAACAGCGUCAGUGGGUAAGGGGGAUGGGCAGACGCACAAGCACAAGCAGAAGCAGAGCCGCCGCCGCUGGCCGCAGUUUGAUAUCGCCGUCAGCACGUCGAGCUUUGAUCACGACGGACUGGGCCGUUACGGCGAUCCCAAGGACCCCUUUGGCGACAUCAAGGCCAUGAAGAUUUCGCGGUGCUUGCUCAAGCCUGGUGGCCUUAUGUUCUUUGCCGUCCCCAUUGGCCCAGACGUCACCGUCUACAACCUGCAUCGCAGGUACGGCGAGCUGCGUCUGCCGACCAUGCUUGAGCAGUGGGAGAUUGUGGACAUCAUUGGAUGGGACCCGGCCCGGCUCACGGCGCCAGCAGACUUCCGUCGCUCGUAUGAGCCCAUAUUCGUCCUGCGCAAACCACAGCGCAAGGCAAGCAAGCCCAGGCAGCAGCACCAGCAGCAUGGGGAGUUGUAAUCUGCAAAGCCUGUGUGUGUGUGUGUGUGUG